AUGGCACCAUCAGCCGAUUCUAAUUUCGUUGAUCCUAUGAGUUCUGCGUUUUUCGGUCAAUGUUUGGUUCAAUCCUUCCCUCAUCAUGACAUGAUGAAGUUGGAGGGCAACAACUUUGUUCAAUGGCAGCAACAUAUCAGACUGAUAGAUAAGCUAUUGACUUCUUGGCUCCUAAGCACGAUUAGCUCAUCACUUUUAUCAUGCUUUACCUCUGCUCAGUCUGCUUGUGAUGGCUGGAACAUUACAAAUCGCCUUUUUGCUGCGUCAACCAGUGUGAAAAUCUCUCGCAUCAAACAUGAUCUUCAUUCCCUAAAAAAGGAGCCCCUUCCUUUUAGCCGUUUGGUUAAUGUACUCCUGGAAUUUGGAAGCCGCCAGGUGCGGGCUGUGCGUGAGAUUCCCAUUCAAGCUAACCAUGUUGUGGCAUCUGAUGUCACAGUAGUUGUUGAUUCUGGUUCGGGCGAAGGUCGAAUGACAGUGGGUCUACGAGGGCGUGGCUCCUGGUUGUGCAUGCAGUGCCAGAUUUACAAUCGAUUUGGCCACAUAGUGCAACGAUGCUUCUAUCGUUUUAAUCGGUCUUAUGAUGGUCCAAAUACCUCCACCAUGGUGAGGUUUUCACCGUCUGUGUAUAAUCGACAAGAAAAGGUUAGAGCGUCGCAAGCUAGGUUUUUUUGUGAUGAGAAUGAAGUUGGUUUUGUAGGGGAUUCAAAUGGGCAGUGGUCUAUUGGCCCAUCUGGGUGUUAUGAAAGGCAUAGGCCUCAUUAUGCAGGCCAAUCUGCUGGGCAGUAUCGUAGGUCAGAUUCUCGUCAGAAUUUUGGGCCGAUUCAUGGGCAACAGCAUAGUUAGUUCUUUGGGCGGCAAACUGGGCACUGUUUUGGGCCAACUGAUGACCAGUAUUUUAGUCCUGUUAAUUGGAAACAUAAUGUGCAGCAGUUUGGGUUGCAUGCAGGUCAGCAUAUUGGGCCUCUUGAUGGGCAGAUUAAUGGGCCGAAUAAUGUACCUAUCAAUGGGCUUAAUACUAAUUUUGUUGGUGGACAGUUUAAUGGGCCUAAUGCUAAUUUUGUUGGUGUUGAGGGUUCUAUGCAAAAAAAACGCUAAUUCUGUUGGUGUCUCGUGGCAGACAAAACCUCGAGCACAUGUUUUUUAUUCUUCUCAGUGUGUUGGAUUACCUCGACUUCCUAAUUUUUAUGCUUCUGAUUUUUCGGAUGCCACACAAUACGAUUCUAAUUUUGAUAAUACCAAUUCAUCUGAUCAUAUGCCGAUACGGUCCUCAUCUUGGUAUCCAAAUUCAGGGGCAACUCAUCAUGUGUGUCAGAAUACAUAUGUUUUAAAUGCCUUCACUCCAUAUAAAGGUACUUCUUCUCUUUUAAUGGGGAAUGGAGCUCCCGCUAAUAUUUCAUCUAUUAGGAGUGUUGUUCCAUGUCGAAGAAAAAGUUAUUGUAUCUUUCUAAUGUUUUGUGCGUACCAAGUAUCCGGAAGAACCUUAUGUCUGUUUCUCAAUUUACUGUUGACAACAAUGUAUUUUUUGAAUUUUACCCCUCUUAUUGUGUUGUUAAGGACAUUCAGACACAAGAGAUUUUACUGUAGGGUCAAGUUCAUGAUGAUCUCUAUCAGUUUUCAGCUGGUUCGUCAGUUCUUUCUAAUAUUGUUCCUUCUGUUCAUAAUGCUGGGCUCCGAGAUGAUGAUGUUUUCUCUCUAUGGCAUAAAAGGCUUGGUCAUCCUUCUUUUGUGACUGUUAAGCUUGUACUUGGAAAUUGUAAAAUUGUUUCGAAUAAAAAAUGUCUUGAUAUUGUUUGUGGUGCUUGACAGAAAGUGAAAUCACAUAAGUUGCACUUUUCUCA